AUAAACACCACCUACCUCUUAAAAGACUGACAAUUCUUGAUGUCGAAACAAUGACACGUAAAUAGAUUUGAAAUCGUUUCAAAAAGUGAGCGAUGCAUCGAAUGCAUUCCGAGAAUAUCGAUGCCUAAUCAGUCUUGUAUCUAAUUGCUGUUAUUUUAUUUUCACUUGUUACGUAUGUGGUAUAGUUAAGCUCUUAUUUUUGUUCAUAAUGGUACGCUCGGUAGUGUGUGAGUCCCAUCUGGAGGAUUAUGUUCGGUGCCUUUCCAAAACACGAGCCACCUCCGUUGGACUGUUGAUUGGACAGCCUUCUAGUACAAACAAGGACUACGUCAUUCAUUUAAACAAAAUCAAGGAUGGGGAUGACACAAACCAGGAAACCAAAGGACUUCUGGACAUUGAUAAUCAGCACGUUUCACAGCAUGCGUUGAUCGAAACCCGCGCUCUUCCCGGGGGAUUCUACGUGUUGGGAAUUUUUGUGAUCAACCCGAAGAGCGUGUUCGAGGAUCCAACCCUGAUGAAUAAAGUGAAAACGAUGUUGGUUGAUAUGCGACAUACAUUUAACUCGAACAGUCUCCUUCACGGGAAUUGUGAUGAAUUGGAUGGCGGCGAGAAGCUGGUCCUCUCCUAUUCAUCUAGCAGCAAUGUGUUCGGUUGUAAAACGGUCGCAUUGAAGUCGGAGCAUUUAUCCACCAAACCGUGUGACUGGAAAUUUCAAGCUCAGGCCAUGUCUUGGCAUUCUAUGAGUACAUUUUUCGAGACCAAUGAUACAUAUGCGCUUGAACAGAAAAACGGAGAGCCAUACGAUACCGAAGCCAACCUGUCGGGCUGCGUUGAGAUACUUAAGCAACAGUUGGCAAAAGGCAUUGUGUACUUCGAGGGUGGACCGGUUGAUGGGGCGCAAUUGAUUGAAUCUGUGCUGAAGCACAAGAAAGAUGAACCGUUUCUCGUCCAUCUUUAUGCACCAUCGCAAUCAAACGUUGACAUUUCCGACAAAGCGAUUCAAACAUUCGAUGGAACGAUGAAGUUCGACGGUAUUAUCAGUUGCAAUAUUUUUGUGCAUCCAAAAAAUACAUUCGCCGAAGCGGAAGCAUUUAUAAAAGCAGACAUCAUACGCUCGCUAAUGUCACGCGUCCAAAUACACUGUGAUUCCCUAGUUCAGGUGGAGGGUGCCAUCCAGGAUAGUAUAAUGCUGAACGAAUUGCCUCGUCGAAUUUAUUUCCGCAUUGGUGCCAAAUCGAACCAGAUUUGUUUCUGUGAGUAUCUCUUCCGAGAGGAAAUGAAGGAGGCAGCUAUUCCGCAAAUCCAAGCCACGUUGGAUCUGUCUGUAACCCCUAAGGAAUUGAUUGCUACCGUGGAGGUCAUUGCGGAAAUAAAGGAGGAAGAACAACAGGAUUCCAAUGGGGCUGGGGAGAAGAUUGAGGAAAGGUUGAGUGUCCUGCUCGACCAGAGGGCUAUACUGGCUUCCAUCGUAGUGCUGAUUGUUGGUAUAUUAGUGUUUUUGUUGACGAAAUAAAAUUUUGUAAAUGUU